UAUGAUUAUCUGAAAAGUGAAGAAUUCCUAAAUGCAGAAAAUUUAAUUUUUGUAGGGGAAGAAAAAGUUGUGAAACAUGAAAAGAAAUUAUAGAAAGAAAUUAUUAAGGCAAGCGAUCGACAAGGUGGGGCCCGGAGGUGAAAGCAAUCGAAAUCACGGAAACACGCUUCCCAUGAUUCACUCACUCCCCCGUGACAUGGACGAAUCAAAACCGUUGUUUCAGCUACACGUGUCGAUUCCACAGUGGUAAACACGGCUGCCUUCCAUUCAUAUAUUUUGGCUCAACAAUCAAAACUCAAAAGCUUGCCCUACGCGUCGUAUACCCAUUCCAAUUUCCAACAUCUAACGCCACUGCUGUGUUACGUUGUAGCCCACCCAAAUAGAAAGCCGGAAAGGCGAGAUGUCGCCGGAAAAAUUGAAGGAAUCCCACCUGAGUUUCAUAAAGGAAACCGAGCUCACCCUCGGCUUGCCCGGAGAAUCAAGAAAGUCCGGCGGCCUCAAACGCAGACGCUCCGACAGUAGUUCCAUUGAUUUCAGCUGUCUCACUACUGAACAUCAAACCAAGGGCGAUGACGAUGUCCCAACCCAAAAUGAGAUCUCCACAGCCACCAAACCGCCGGCAAAGGCGCAAGUGGUGGGGUGGCCGCCGGUGAGAUCAUACAGGAAGAAUAUAAUGAAAAGUUGCAAAUUUGUAAAGGUGGCAGUAGACGGCGCACCAUACCUUAGAAAGGUUGACUUGGAGGCGUUUCACAGUUACCAACAACUCUUAUCUUCCCUGGAACACAUGUUUACAUGUCUAACUAUAUGUAACCUUCUUAAUGGGAAGAAGCUUAUGGAUAUCUCAGACGGUACGGAAUAUGUGCCAACCUACGAAGACAAAGAUGGAGACUGGAUGUUAGUUGGAGAUGUUCCUUGGAAGAUGUUUGUUGAAUCGUGCAAGAGGCUAAGGUUGAUGAAGAGUUCAGAUGUUGUUGUACUAGGUCCAACAACGCCUUCAAAAUGCUCAAGAACAAGUUAAUUAGGAAGAUGUGCACAUGUACAGAGGCUUUUAAUAUGCCUGUUUUUUGAAGAUUAUUAUGCUAUAUGUAUUUGAAUUAGUGUACUUUAAUAUGAUGUUUUGGAACACUUGAUUUGUAUGAAUAAAUUAAAAGACGAUUGAAAAAGACAUGCAAUUAUAUCUA